AUAUGUAAAUGAGAUGAAGACAAAUUCAAGACAACCAAUCAGAAAAUAAGACAAAGCUAAGACCAGGUUAAUCCUAGAAAACUAGUCAUCGAACGCCGUCCAGUGUAACAGGGUAGAUUUUUCAGGCGAAACAUACGCUCAGGAGACUCCGUCGUGGUUUAGCUUGAAGUCCGGCGACCCUUUAGCGAUCAACGGACGAAGUCGUCCCAAGGUCGCCGAAAGUGUGACGCUGGUUAUACGACCUGGUCACAACGUCUUGCUGACCAACUUCUACCAACCCUAGUCUCGCUUCCGGGGGCAUUUCAGCCGCCAGCCUCAUUUAACUACCGCAACAGGUGUGCAAAGCUGCCUGACGAGAGCUUCACGACUCCUCUGUCCUUUUUAUCAAGGCAGAAGAUCAUGGUUUGUCGCCGGAUGAUGUUUCUGCGGCAAGUCGUGCUGGUCUGCAUGGUCGUGUCGAUGUUCCUCAACUUUUGGAUGUUAACAGGUACUGAACUUCAGAACGUGACGUCACACAUUGACCUUGGGGAAGCCGUCCAGACUUGUGAACCGUGCCAGAGAGAAAUGCUGUCAGCCUCCAUGAACGAGACACUCCGCGGACACAGACCCAGAAUGGAACGGCGCAUACAACAGCACAAAACUACCUCACCACCUCCUGCCAACCCGGUCAGACCGACUGGUGCUGUCACCGACUCCAUACGAUUAGCGGGCAGCCUACGUCCAGACAAAGGAUUUCUAACUAUAGGGAUCCCCACUGUUAAGCGGGACCAGAACGCCUCGUAUCUGACCACCACUCUAGACUCCCUGAUCAGCCACACGACAGAGGCCGAACGCAAACAGAUCGUCAUCGUGGUCUUCCUGGCAGACUUCGACACAGACUACAACCAGAAACUUUCUACGGAACUUUCCCAGAAGUAUUCCCUGCAUCUCAACAGCGGGCUCAUGCAAGUCAUCCAGGCUCCGCGGUCGUUUUAUCCAAGUUUAGACAAUCUGAAAACCAAGUUUAAAGACAGCCCUGAACGCGUGCGGUGGCGAUCCAAACAGUGCGUGGACUACGCGUACUUGUUCCAGCACUGCCGAAACUUGUCCGAAUAUUAUAUGCAACUGGAAGAUGAUGUUAUUUCCGCCCAGAACUUCUUGACAGGGAUAAAAGAAUACUUGGAAAGAAUGAAGUCUUCUGACUGGACGGUGCUCGAGUUUUCUGGGCUCGGGUUUAUCGGGAAGUUGUUCAGAUCCUCGGAUCUCCAGCGUCUGGCCGAUCUUAUUAUGCUGUUUUACCAGGAGUCGCCGGUGGAUGUCUUGUUUUUCUCGUUUUUGCACAUCGUGCAAGCGUCCGGGAAGAAAUUCAUACACCAGCCGUCCCUCUUCCAGCACGUCGGCUUACACUCAUCACUGGCGGGAAAAAUACAAAAACUUACCGACAAGGGGUUCGUUGGCUCGACGACACCUCAGAGAACGUACACGGACUCUGACAACCCACCAGCGGCGGUGAGCGCGAACAUGACCGCUUACAGGGAGUUCAAGCCGCAGCUUGCCUAUGGCCCCGAGAUGGGGUACUUCUGGGCCGAGGCGCCGAAGGUCGGACAAGUUUUCGUCGUUCUUUUCGAGAAACCAGCGAGACUUUCCAGGAUCGUUAUAGAAACUGGCUCUGAAGAACAUCCAAAGGACAUCCUAGAGAAGGGGACUCUGGAAGUCAGUCCGCGACUUUUGUCUGUCAACGAGCAGGACAACACGCCGAACUGUGCCGACUAUGUCAAACUCGGAAACGUCGAAAACGGAAGAUUUGAAGUGGCGACUCAGGGCACGGAAGGACUGGGGUCAGUUGAGGUGAAGUGUCUGAAGGUGACGGUCACGGGGGAGCAGAAGAUGUGGGUACUGGCGAGGGAAAUCGCCGUCUGGACGGUGAAGAAAUAAAGCACCAUCGGUGGCAUGGCAGGAUUUGAACUCGGGACCUCCUGGUUCCGGG